AUGAGGCACAUAUUGGUGCUUCACUUCACACUUGUGCUUACUGUUGCCACUGUCAUUAAUAACAGCACCAAUGGGUCUCAACCUCACAAGCUGAUUAUUGGCUUCCAGGCUCCCUGGAAUAUAUCCUUCCCCUUCAGUGCCCUGCGGCUGGGCUCAGCCCUGCAGAUAGCUGUGGAGAAGGUCAACACCAAUCCCUCCUUCCUGGGGAACUACAGUCUGGAUUUUGUGUACAUGGAUACAGACUGUAAUCCCAAAGUUUCCCUGGGAGGAUUCAUUCACCAGGUGUGGAAAGAAAAUGUGUCUGCACUAUUUGGUCCAGCGUGCCCUGAAGAAGCUGAGGUCACUGGUCUAAUUUCAUCCGCAUGGAACAUCCCCAUGUUCGGCUUUGUGGGACAAUCCUCCAAAAUGGACAACAGUGAUAUCUAUGAUUCCUACAUCAAAAUUGUGCCCCCUCUUAAGAGAAGCUCGGAGGUCCUGGUGAAGACCUUGAAGUUCUUCGGGUGGAAUCAUGUAGCGAUGAUUGGAGGGGGAUUAGAGUCAAACACUUGGGACAAAGUUGACGCUUUGUGGAAAACCGUCGAGAAUCCGCUGAGAGAGAAAUUCAAACUGGCUGCAUCUGUCAAGUUUGAUACCAGCAAUCCUCAGCUUGUUUAUCGAAAUAUUAAGUACAUCGCAACAGUCGCCAGAGUAAUUGUGGUGCUAACAAACAAAGAGGACUCUAUGGCUCUUUUGCUGGAGGCCGAGCGACAGGGUCUGAUGAAUGGUGACUAUGUGUUCUUCCUGGUGCAGCAUUUUGAGGAUAACUUGUGGAAAUAUUCCCUGAAGAACAGGAUUAACCAAGGCGCCAUAAGAGCUUUUGACAUGGUCUUUAUCAUUGGCCAGAAAUCAUACGAAGGCUAUGAGUACUAUGACUUCUUUGAGCAAGUUUUUGAAAGACUAAAAGGGCACCCAUUCCGGAGCAACCUGACAUCUGAAAGAGAGAUCAGCCCUUACUCUGCCUAUCUGCAUGAUGCAGUGCUUCUUUAUGCGAUGGGACUGAAGGAAGUCCUCAAAGAUGGAAAAGACCCUAAUGAUGGACGGCAGCUGAUACGGAGAUUAAAAAAUAAAAACGACAUUCGGUUUUAUGGUGCGUCUGGACUUGUCCACUUUGACAAAGAGGGGGAGAGAAACCUGGACUAUUCUAUUUAUGACCUGCAGCAUACAGGAGACAUCACCAAGUUUGUACCCAUCCUCCAUUUUGACAGCCACACCAAAGCUGUCCGGCCAACAUCUAUGUUUGCUUCUGUGGUCUGGCCGAAAGGAAGACCACCUUCUGAUAAACCAGAAUGUGGUUUCAACAAUGAACAAUGUGAAUGGCUGGUUAAUGAAAUCGCACUGCUGGCUCUACUUGUGACCUUCCCUGUCAUCGGUGUGCUAGCAGUUUUGUGCAUCGGUGUCCUCAUUCUGCAGAAGUUUCGACUCCAGACGCGACUUGGUGACUCCUGCUGGUGGCUGAUCACCUACAGCGACAUCACCAUCAUCAGGGAGUCCUCAGGAACUCAGGGUUUAUCUCUAACCACCACAGCUAGUCAGAGUGGGAGCGGCGGCUCUCAGUCCAAUUUCUCCAACAACAGCUAUGGCCUGAGAGACAAGGCAGGAAAAGAACACAUCUAUACCACCAUAGGUCUCUACCAGGGAAAUCAAGUUGCCAUCAAGUACAUCAAGAAUGUUAGCAGUAAUUACCAGAAACCUUCAAUAAUUGCAGAGUUCAAUGUGAUGAGAGAGAUGAAACAUGAGAACUUGGUGCAGUUCUUUGGUGUUUGCAUCGAGCCACCGAAUGUCUGUUUGGUGAUCCAGUACUGCAGGAAAGGCAGUCUGAAGGAUCUUCUGAAGGCUUCAGAUGUCGAGCUGGACGGGAUGUUUAAGCUCUCCUUUGCUUAUGACAUUGUCAAUGGAAUGGAGUUCAUUCAUAAAAGUAACCUGAGAUUUCAUGGGAACCUGAAGCCCAGCACAUGUCUGGUGGAUAGUCGACUCCAGAUCAAACUGUCUGGCUUUGGACUGUGGGAGUUUAAAUAUGGGAACAAAAACAAGAUCAUCCCACAGGACAACCCAAAUUAUGAGGACAUGUACUGGACAGCCCCCGAGCUUCUGAGACAAGUCGGCCUCCCGGUGAAUGGAACACCCAAAGGUGACAUCUACAGCUUUGCCAUCAUAAUGUGGGAACUCAUGUACAACUCUAAGGUUUUCCCAUAUCAAGACAUCAACCUGGAGCCCAAAGAGAUUAUCAUGCAAUUGCGGACACCUUUCCAAAGGGAACCCCUGCGACCAGUGCUUUGUGAGCAGCUGUGUGAUGAGAACAUCAACUCACUGCUGAGGGCCUGCUGGAGUGAAAACCCUGACCACCGACCGCCGUUUGGGUCUAUAAGGAGACAGCUGAGGGACAUCAGCCCAGAAAGUCAUGCAAAUAUACUGGAUAAUAUGGUGGAAAAGUUGGAGAAAUAUGCAAAUCACUUGGAGGAGGUGGUGGAGGAGAGGACCAAUCAGCUCACAGCAGAGAAGACCCGUGCAGACAAGCUUCUCUCCAGCAUGUUACCAAGGUACAUCGCAGAUCAGCUGAUGGCGGGGAAAUCAGUGGAGCCACAAAGCUACGACACAGUGACCAUCUUCUUCUCUGACAUUGUGGGCUUCACCUCCAUGUGCUCCGUCAGCACUGCGUUGGAGGUGGUAACAUUCCUCAACGACCUCUACAGCCUCUUUGACGACAUCAUCAAGAUGUACGAUGUCUACAAAGUGGAAACCAUCGGUGAUGCAUACAUGGUAGCCAGUGGUCUACCGAUCAGCAAUGGCAUUAAGCACGCUUUGGAAAUAUCUACAAUGGCUCUGCAUUUCCUGAGUGCAAUCAAGGUCUUUAGAAUCCGCCAUAUGCCUACUGAGAGUCUUGCAAUUCGCAUUGGGAUACACUCUGGUCCAGUGGUUGCUGGAGUGGUUGGCACCACUAUGCCUCGCUACUGUCUGUUUGGUGACACGGUGAACAUGGCCUCUCGCAUGGAAAGUAACAGCUUACCCCUGAAGAUUCACAUAUCUCAGUGCACUGCUGACAUUCUUGUCCAGGCGGGAUCAUUUGAUCUGGAGGAAAGAGGGGAAAUCGUAAUGAAGGGUAAAGGCUCUCAUAAGACCUACUGGCUGCUGAACAAACAAGGAUUUAAUCCUCCUAUUAUUGCUUACAGCUCUCCACCAGCUGACAGUCUCAAACAACAAACGGAGGUACAGUUAACGCACAGCACAGUCACAUUUCUGAUAAAGAUAGCCAGCAGAGACAAGUCAAGCACUCCACAUCCGAGCACAGUCAAAACCAGGGAUGGCCAGAGCUGCUGA